CACCCCAUGUCUGAGCUCUAAUGUCAAUUUCUAUUACUCAUCAUGGGCUACAAUUAGAAAGACGUGUUAUUGUUUCUUUUCGUGUUAAAAAUUGUGAUACGAUGGGUUUCUAAGUUUUUUUAGUGCGUUCGCACACCACCGUGUGCUGUUAAAAGAUAUCAAAAUGUUUGCCACCAUGGCGUUCAUCCAGGAUAAUCCUGUCCCUCGACUACAAUCAUCAUCAUCACCGGUAUCCACGGGCCAUCAUCAUUCCCGAUAUAGUUUAAAAUCCCUGAGUUCUGUCAUCGACCAAAAUGAGCCUGAACGACUGGGAUUGGUCAACGGCUACGGCCGAUCUGCUCACCUCUAACGAACGAUCUUUGCUGCUUGAAGUGGAUCUUCUUGACAGCGAUGAAGAUCUACUCAAGAACAUCUCCGGCGCUGCACCGAAGUUCGGGUCCGGUUACCAUCUCGGCGAUGACGUCAGCAACACCCUGUACCCGCCGUCGCCGGUCGAAAUCAAGCCGAGCCAGGCCGAGCUCACCACCGAUUUGUUGCAGCAGCUGGAGACCCAGUGCAAACAAGAAAAUCUAUUCUCCAACUGGUUGGAGGAGAAGGUGGAUCUGCCUAUGUUCGAUAACAUCUCCCACGUACCGGAACGUGUUGAAGUGCCUCAGACGACCUUGGCGCCAACCCUUCCUUACCCUUACCCGACGCAAACCGUGCCUCAACCGACCGAGGAGCUGCUGCGCGAGUUCGAGACCGUGUACGGCGUCGUGGAGCUGACCCACCUCACUCCUCCGCAGAGUCCGCCCGGGCCGGCCACCCAGCUGCUCCUCAGCUACGCCCAGCAGGCUCAGUGCGUGCCGUUGCCCACGCUGCCCCAAGCCCCCGCCGGCGACACCUGGUGCCCGGCCUCAGUACCGACCUCGUUGUCGGACUACGACUGCGACUCCCAGGCCCUCGAGGAGCUGGUGCGGCACCGCGCCGCGCAACUCGCUUCGCCCGAGCACUCCGGCGAGAGCGUUUCGGACUCGCCACCGUCGUCGCCGUCGUCGCCGCGUUCCACCGACGACGAAUGGUCGUCGCCGACGCGCCCCAAACCCUACUCCCGCAACGUGGUCGACCGGCGCUCGCGCAAGAAAGAACAGAACAAGAACGCCGCGACGCGCUACCGACAGAAGAAGAAAGCCGAGAUCGAGGUUCUUCUCAACGAGGAACAGUCUCUGAGGCAGCAGCACGUCGAGCUGGGAGACAAGUGCGCCGACCUUCAGCGCGAGAUUCGGUACCUCAAGGGCCUCAUGCGGGACCUGUUCAAGGCGAAGGGCCUCAUAAAGUAAUCACCCUUCCAUCCUCACAAAGUGAAAGAAUUACCUCCGUUGCGUCAACGUGCGCUCUGCGUCAGUCCUAAAAGAAGUUAAGGAGAUUAAUAUUGGAUGUUAACAUAAGUUUAUUACGUUAAUUAUAAGUUUGUACUUUAUAGUUAAUUAUUACUUCGAGCAGCAUUUGUCAUUCAUUUCAUUUGUCGAGGGAUAACAAUGUACAUCUUAAUUCACAGGCGACGUUCUCGCCUUUUAUUAGAGGAUAGGUUGCAUUCAUUGUAAUGAAAACAACAUCAUUAUGAAGUUAUCAAUGUUUUGUUAUAUUUUAUUAUUAUAAAUUGUUAUUUUAUCAAAUUCACUUCAUCAUAUUUUAUAGUAUAAUAUCUGUUCUUUGUUUUCAUACAAUAUAUGGAAUGCGACGGCGUAAA